AUGCAACCUGAACCUGCAGUCUGCACUGGUGCGGCUGGCGAGCUGGCACAGUGCAGCCGAUGCGACAAGCCAUGGGGAACCACGGGGCGCUUGACGCCUGCGAACAAGACCUGUAACUGUAACCUGUGUCUACAGCUGUCAAUUCUGGCCGUCGCGGCCAAAAGCGCGUCGGGCGCCGAAGUCAAACUUCGCACGUCUGCCUACUACGUAUACCGCUACUACGUCUUGAGAGUCAGUCUGAAGGGCCCAGGACCAAGAUGCUUGCGCGGCACCCCGGCCAUGUCGACAUGGAAGAUCGGCUGCUUGUUUUGGACCGGCCCACAGCGCCCACGAAGAUCAAAGGUAGGCGACAGCAAGCCUAUCACGAAAACCGGCGUGCACAGCUGGGCGCCGUGGACAUUUGGCGUUCUUUCGUGUCUCUUGUAUUAUCAACAUCUUGUCUGCAUCAUUCAAUGUAUUUGCCUUCUGCUGGUCGACCAUGUACGCCAAAAGGUCCACGCGUCUGACGUCGUCGACUCUGGACGGCCAGGGUCAAACGAAACCAAACUAAACACGCCCGACGCAGACGCAGACGCAGACGCCCAUUUCUCACCGUCGAACUGA